AUGUUGAAAAUUGCACAGUCUCCGGAAAUAUACGAAACAACUGCCACUCCCGAUCCUGAGGAAGGUGAGGGGGGAGAGGAAGAGAUGAGCCCAGAAACCAGCAGCGAUGCCAAUCAUUUGUCAGCUCUUAACCAGCAAUCGAAGCAGAGCAGCCUUGAAAAUGGCGGCGACAGUGGCGCUUGGGAGUCAGCCUUAAUUGACAAACCUUGGUCGACUCCUGCGCUCGAGGAGAACCUCCCUAUUCAAAUCUCUUUGACGUCUGCUCACAACAACAGCUAUCAAAACAACAGCCUUUUAGACACAGAUCUGGAGAAUGACGAUAGGAGCGCCAUUUUUUUCGUUCGUAAAAGUCCCUCAACGCCAAUGUCGACGCCAAGAAGUUCAGUGAGGUCGACAACAACUCCUCGCGUGUCUGCACCUGUAAGUCGUACAGGUCAGUUAUACAGAAACAGCAGCAGCACGAACUGUUCCGAGCUAAUGAUGAAUGACGAACAAGUCUACGAUCUCACUGAUAAGCACCGAUGUUUCGCUAUCGGGAAUAAGAAAAAACCCGAUGUCAUUACCGGAAAUUCCUUUGACGCUUACAGGAAUUAUCACAGAUUUCGAAAUUCCCGAUGUCGAUGUUGCUUUCACCAACGCAUCGAGAUAUUGGUAAAUCCCGAAGAAAUUGUUAUUGAAAUCGGUAAAAUCCCGAUAUAUUGGUAUAUACUUUGA